GCCGGGGCGCGCCUCCCCUCACCACCACGAACAUUGUUGUGGAGUGACGUCAGCGCUAGACGAUGCGGGCGGCCAUUACUGCUGGCUGUGUGAUUCCCUGAAGCCAUCUGAGGAGAGGGGAGAAGGCCAUGGCCAGGACCACCAGCCAAGUGUAUGAUGCUAUUCCAAUUCAGUCCAACGUGGUCAUAUGCUCCUGCCCAUCCCCCUCACUAGUAAUAAAUUCCGACACCGGGUCUCCGCCUGCCCUAGCGAACUGCAGCAACCGAGCAAGUUCCACCAGUGACGCGAAGACGGCAGACUAUAGAGCUAAUCCUGAUCCUCAGCAGCACACAGGGCAACAGCAAAUGCAACAGCCUCGAAAGAAACGCCCCCAAGACUUCAAGCUCGGCAAAAUCCUUGGUGAAGGGUCCUUCUCAACAGUUGUUUUGGCCAAAGAGUUAUCAACAGGAAGAGAAUAUGCCAUUAAAAUUCUACAGAAGCGUCACAUUGUAAAGGAGAAUAAGGUACCCUAUGUGACCCGGGAAAGAGAUGUGAUGUCCCGAUUGGACCACCCAUUCUUCGUCAAGCUAUAUUUCACAUUUCAAGAUGUUGAAAAACUAUACUUUGGCCUCAGCUAUGCUAAGAAUGGCGAACUAUUGAAGUACAUCAGGAAGAUUGGUUCAUUUGAUGAAACAUGCACCCGGUUUUAUUCUGCUGAAAUUGUGUGUGCUCUAGAAUAUCUUCAUGAGAAGGGAAUUAUUCACAGAGACCUGAAACCUGAGAACAUUUUACUUAGUGAGGACAUGCAUAUUCAAAUUACAGAUUUUGGGACCGCUAAGGUUUUAUCGUCAGACAGCCGGCAAGCCCGGGCAAAUUCAUUUGUUGGAACAGCACAAUAUGUGUCUCCAGAGCUCCUCACAGAGAAAUCAGCUUGUAAAAGUUCGGACCUUUGGGCUCUGGGCUGUAUUAUCUAUCAAUUGGUAGCUGGAUUACCACCUUUCAGAGCUGGAAACGAAUAUCUUAUAUUUCAAAAGAUAAUCAAGCUGGAGUAUGACUUCCCAGAGAAAUUCUUCCCUAGAGCUAAAGACCUUGUAGAAAAACUUCUGGUCCUAGACCCUAUUAAACGAUUAGGCUGUGAAGAAAUGGGGGGCUUUAGUCCCCUCAAGGCCCAUUCAUUCUUUGAUGGCAUCACGUGGAAAGACCUCCACCUCCAGACUCCUCCAAAACUCACAGCAUAUUUACCAGCAAUGGCUGAAGAUGACGAAGAAUUCUAUGGAAAUUAUGAUGACCUCUUGAGUCAGUUUGGGGGUAUGCAAGUAGCCUCGUCGGCAUCUUCCCAAACAUUGCCAGUACCAGAGCCUGUUCAGCCUCAGCGAUGCGACAGUAACAUAGAACAGUACAUCCACGACCUCGAUAAUAAUUCAUUUGAGCUUGAUCUACUAUUCUCAGAGAAUGAAAAGCGGCUACUGCUAGAGAAACAAGCCGGUGGAAACCAAUGGCACCAGUUUGUAGAAAACAAUUUAAUAUUGAAAAUGGGUCCAGUAGAUAAACGAAAGGGGUUGUUUGCUCGCCGGCGCCAGCUUCUCCUUACUGAAGGCCCACAUCUGUACUACGUGGACCCAGUAAAUAAGGUCCUGAAAGGAGAGAUUCCAUGGUCACAGGAGUUGCGCCCAGAAGCAAAGAACUUUAAAACCUUUUUUGUUCAUACUCCUAACCGAACAUAUUACUUGAUGGACCCUAGCGGAAACGCUCACAAAUGGUGCAAAAAGAUCCAGGAAGUGUGGCGGCACCGAUACCAGAAUCACCAAAACAGCAGCAUAUAGCAUUGUGUCUCUUCCACAUCUUGCAAGCUUUCCCUCAUGCUGCUAGAUGACCCUGAUUCUACAGAUGAGCUUUACAUAGCAGAAAAGAAGAGAAAGCCUUCUCCGCUCACCCAGCCUCCAUCUCCAUGGGAAAUCAUACGUCAGAAACCUUCAUUGCAAACAUGGACAUUAAUGGAAUCCAGGGUGUUACCUUGCUUCUUCUCUGUGCUUCUAUUGAGUUAAAACAUGCCUCUCGUUGCUGUGGUGAUUUUGCUUUUGUGCACACCAGCUCUAUAUCUUCUGCCACCUAGUGGGUAGGCCUUGCUAUGCCAGCUUAACGUACAGUCGGUAGAAACACAGAUCAUUGUACUCGAGCACACGUUGACAAACUGAUAUACAGUAGUCUGUGGAGCCUCCAUUUUGCAUUCUUUUCUUUCUUGGCUUGGCAGUGAACUAGUCUGGUCAUGGAGUCAUACAGCCUAUAUACAGUGCUGAAAGACUAAAAACAUGGCAGUCCUGACUCCUCAGCCAAUAAGGGGAACCGCUAUCCAUCGUGUCUUUCUCUUCCGUUUAUAGUGCAUCUAGUAAGGUCAAGCACACGCUUCCAAAGUUCUUGUCGCAGGUUAUACAUGGUACUUCUAUUUCUGUUAGAAAGUGAACUGUUCAUCUGUCACACUGAUUUAAGUACUGAGAAGCAGGGCGGAGGGAGGGUUGGGGGGGGGGGGCAGGGGUACAGCGUGUUGGCCUGAGCACUGAAUAUCUCAUUUUACAUAUAUAUAAAUAUUAAAUGGUAUGGACGUCUUCUGCAUCCCAGUUUUUAUCCUCAGUCUGAACUCCCAUUUUUUUUUUUAUCUGCAGAACCUGAAAUUACAUUUUUUGGGGGGAGGGGGUGUUAAUUUUUCUUUUGAACAUUAUAUCUGGAUAUACCAGUGUAGCUCCUGUCAGUUUCAGAAGCAAUCAAAUGGAGAAGAGUUUUUUUAUGUUUGUUUAUUCCCCCUAUUCACAUGAUAAGACCGAAAGCACUUUGUGGAUUUUUUUUUUUUUUUAAAGGAAUGGAAAAGACUAUUGUACUGAGUACAGUUAGUUUGUCCGACACAGAGCUGUGUACUCAUAGAUCUGUGUCCAUUCAUUGCCUUUACAUGAUAUCUGCCUGCUGCUAUUUCAACUAUUUUUGUUGUUUUUUUGUACCGUAAUUAUAUAGGGCCACAAAUAUGAUAAUAGACCAGUCAGAUGUAAUUUUUAGAAAGCAUUUAAGGUACUUGAGAUAUCCCAAAUUAUUGGUUUAUUAAUAACUUCUGUUUAUUGGUCAAAAACAUUUCUGUAGGGAAAAAACAAACAAAAAGGCACAGCAUGUGCUGAUAUAUAGUCCUCCAGUCAUAUGCGCACAGUGGUGGCUGCCAUAAGUGAAAUUAACUUGUUUUUCGUCGGGUUGCAGCGGCUCUAGGAACUAGUGACUUCACUGAGGUACAUUGUGACUGAUAUUCAUGAGGCCGAACUAAUAAACAUGAAAGUUCUCUAGUUCUCAGCGUAUUAUUGGCUACAUUCUCAUGAGUAUUAACUGCUUACAAAACAACUGCCUCCACGGUGCGUGAGGGACAAAUACUUGGUAACUUGCUGUGAGGAGACAUUUGGCAACAGAGAUUCUGCCAUUUGACUAAAGUUACUUGAUGAUUUUUAGUUUUAAAAAAAUGUAAUCAAAGCCGUAUUUUGAAGUAGAAAGAAAUGCUGUCCCUAAUGUACUUUGGAAAACAAAGUGGCACUGUAGCGAGGGGGAAGGGGGGAGCCUAUCCUAACGCUGGUUAAUGUUGCCAUUAUCCACAGCUGUAGCUGUCAGACUACUUAGGAUAACUGAGCAUCCUGCUCUGUAAUACUACGUCAUGUAACCUUGACUAGUAUGCUGCUUAAACCAACGCACAUGCGACUUGCACAGUGGCCUAAACAGAAGAUAAUUUUUAUUUAUUUUUAUUCUGUGACGCAGCUAGUAAACUAGUGUGUUUUUGAAUGAUUAUAUUACUGGUGAAAUAAGCCGUUCACAAUGACCACUUUAGGUAUGACAUGGUGUCUGCUAAUAAGGCCUUGAUUAGUAGCAGAGGUUAGUACUGCUGUAUUUAGUUACAGAAUUGAAAAAAUAAAUAAAAAAAAACAAGCUUGAUAAUAGUAUGCUGGCUUUCUUUUCAGGUUGGUGGCAGUUCGUUAUAAAUGUAUUUUUCCCUCUUUCUCUGGUUUGUAGCUGACUGUAACUGUGAUGUACAGGCUAAGCUUAAAAACUGAAAAAAUGAAAACAAAUAAUGCAAUGAUAGAAUAUUCACUUUUGUAUUUUUAUUCUUGUAUAAGGUUAUUUGCUGGCUAAAUGUUGGCCUCUAGUUCAGUCUGUGUUAUUUAAAUUCUAAUAUAUGAAUUAUUUGGAUUGAAUUCAUGUUCCGGGCCACGUUGUUGUAUGUAUUGAUGUACAGCCAUGAAUGUGAAUAAUUAUUGUAAACUAUAUUUUACAACUUUUUUUUUCCUGGCUUUAUUAUAUAAAUUUUCUAUUUGGUCAAUGAUUUAAUCAUAUUUCUCAUAAUUUAAUGAUUUUUUUUUUGUUUGUUUCUUCUUUCAAAGUAUUUGUGCCCCUAGAUGUAGUUUCUGAAUGAGGAAUUUUUCACAUAUGCUCGAUUUAGUCUUGUAAUAAAAAGCAUGUAGGGUUAUAGGUGUACAA